AUGCAACGUCACAGAGAUGUGAGAACAGAAGCAAGUGCUCGCGGAAGCAAUAACGCAUCGGGACCGCGGAAUUCCCCUGAAACAGGUGUGAAUGCUGAUUAUCAAAACGUCACACCGUCGUACCAUCCAUCAACUUCGGUCGAAAUUUGGCUCCACUUUCUUCCUUUUUUUGUAUUCACUACUUAUUCUGAUAUUCUUCUCCUUUGA